UGCAAUGAACACAUUUACUUAGAAUAUAACAAAUGAUGGUCAGACAGAUAUUAUGGAUUAAUGCUGCAGGUGUUAGUGUGUCUGGAAUAGAGCUGAUCAGUGCCAAGAAGUGUUCUUGCUUGACUGCUCUAGAAGUGUUGUGGACUUAAUUUAAGCUGACAACUGUGAUGCUAGGUGCCAACACAAUAAUCCCAGUGACAAAUCCAAAAGCUACACUUCUCACAUGUAGUUAAGGAUUCAGCGGAAGUUCUCACCCUAAAACAUGUACUUCUGCUGCACAGAUGACACUGAUUGUGGGUUAGUUACACCCAGUCUUGUGAACUGGGGAUGGAAAGUAAUGUGGCAAAAUGUGAUGUUUCCUGCUUACCCACUAAAGAACACUUCACUGAGCCAUGGAGGAGAAAAAGCAACCAACAGGAGGGCCUUACUUUGUGGGCAAGAAGGAUGAACUGAUUGAAGCAAAGCGCUCCGUCAGAACACUGGAGGAUCGGGAUGUACUGAUUAUCUACCAACAGGGAGUCUUCUAUGCUCUGGACUCUUACUGUUAUCAUGCUGGGGGAUUGCUGCAGAAUGGAGACAUUGAGGAGCUUAAUGGCAGGCUGUGCAUAAUUUGUCCGAAGCACAAGUACAAGAUCUCUUUAGCCGAAGGGGAGAGCUUGUACAAGGCCACCGACCCCCAGGAGACGCAGCCUGUUCCCAGAUGGUACUCGAAGGGCGUGAAGCAGCGGACGCACACGGUCACAGAGAUCAACGGGGAAGUCUUUGUCCAGCUCUCCAAGAGCCGUGACUGGCUCGAGUCAGACUUCUUCCAGGGAGAAAAGGGCAAGCUGGAAAGAGCUAAAGUGGAGGAAACUGAGAAAAAAGAAAAGAAAAAGCUGGAGAGUAAAAAAUAAGGACUGCAUCUCAACAGUCGUUAUUUGUCUCUUUGAUCUGCUCUAAAUGACUGUAUGGAGAGGAUGUUGGUUGUUAGAUGACAUGCACUCUGUGCUUUAUUUCAAGUAAACUUGGGCAGGAAUGGCCUUUAAAGUGAUCUUCUUUUUAAUGAGUGUGGGAGCAUUUAGAAUUUUAAAUUGCUGAGCUGACAUGAUAAUGUUUUUCUUCAAAGCGUGGUACCACUUUGGCAUUUUAAGUUUGUUUCUCAAAACCAUUAUCCUCUUCACUAAAUAAAAAUUCUAUCAAUUAAUUUAGAUUUCUGACUCUAUCUUCUUUAGUUGGACAGCGACAUGAGGUAAUUAAAUGUGUGCCCACACUGAUGCAUCCUUUACAUUUCAGUACUCUUCAUGUACUAUGCAUACAGCAAAUUAAUCGAUAAAAUUAAAGAAAAAAAAAA